ACAGUCCCUCAAACAGACGUGGGAAGGUGGGGUGUUGUAAAGUGUAACAAAGAGUGACUGGCAUUCCGCGGAUCAGGACCAGAACAACGAGUUUUAUUUGGCACAAGCAAAAACGGAAACGCAGAGGUACCCGUAAAUGCCGUACGGCUACCUUAUAAACAGACAAUUUAUCUUGAAAUUUAAGUAGCAAUUCCCGGAAUGACUUCCGACCGAAGCAACUGAUCACUAAAACGCCUUGAUUGAGACUGAAAAAGGAUCGAAACGCAGAGAAAUACCCCUGGAAGUCUGUUAAAUCCCGGCUGUUAGGACGCUCUCACCAACCAUGACUAUGCACUUUGGUUCUGCCAUCGCAACUUCUAUACGCCUAGUCUCAUUUGCCAUUGUCCCGUGGGUUCUUCACUGGUCAGUCCCGGCACUCGCUAAUCCUACACCCGUCGCCCAGGGUGGAUGGAAUUCCUUCGCCGAGGAGAGUUCCCAGCCGGCAAAGAAGGAUGUGGACAAUCCCCAGAACAACGAGUGCUUACCCAUAUGCAUCCAAGAGGGCGACCUCUUCUCAGACCGUACCUCCUGCAGUCACUUCUUCGUCUGCACGACCGUUUCCAAAUCCAACGGAAGCGAGGGCCCCGUUGAGGACACUGGCGUCACGGCCGCACAGGAUGAUGAGCCCUCUGCCCCUUAUCACCAGCUGGUUCUCCUGAGAUGCUCCUGCCAGAGCGAGGGAGAUGUUUAUAAUAGGUACCUACAGCGGUGCUCACGGAGAGGCCACUGUCACGUAUCUUGCGGUGAUCAUAGUCUUUUCUUCAGUGAAUGGAAAAGUGUCAGAUACAAUGGCCAUCAUUGUUCUGUAAUGCCCCUGCUUUCUACCUCGUUUGAUGCAGCAAAUAAAGUUCAUCCACAGGCAAAUCACCGAGUUCGGGCCAAUGAUGUUAUUACGAAGUUAAUGCCUAUUCAAAGAAGCCCGAUGCAGUCAGUGAUUAAUGUGCAUCUUUUGAGGGAGAAUGAGUCUUCAAACUCUACAUAUUCAGUAGCAUCUCUCCUUCCCUCUAUUACUGUAACAAACAUUCCAACAUACACUUCCUCCAAUACUCAGACUCAUCUUUUGGCUACAACUGCAUAUUCAGUUAAUACACCGGGCACAGUUACAGCAACAGGUCCACAGAGUAACUGCAACACAACGUUGAAUCCCGGACAAGCAGGUGCAGUUGAGAGCAGUAGUACUAGCACUGGCGGCACUCACUUUACUAAUACUUUGCUAGAUAUAACGUCACAGAACUACAGUUUCAUAACUGGAGUGACUCACAUGCCCCUUACCGUGACAGAUGAAAUCCCAUCACAAACUCCCCAAGGUUUUUCUUUUAUUACUGGAGUCACCCAAAUACAUACUUUAACAAACGGAAAUCAGUCACUGUCAUCUCAAGGUUAUUCUACCAUUACUGGGGUCACCCACAUACCUACCUUGACUACUGAAAGUCAGUUACUGUCAUCUCAAGAUUAUAUUUUCAUUACUGGAGUAACCCACGUGCCUACUUUCACUAUUGACAGUCAUUCACAAUCAUCCCAAAGUUAUUCUCUCAUUACUGGGGUCACCCACAUACCUACCUUGACGACUGACAGUCUUUCCCAAUCAUCCCAAAGUUAUUCUUUCAUUACUGGGGUCACCCACAUACCUACCUUGACGACUGACAGUCUUUCCCAAUCAUCCCAAAGUUAUUCUCUCAUUACUGGGGUCACCCACAUACCUACCUUGACUACCGACAGUCAUUCCCAAUCAUCCCAAAGUUAUUCUUUCAUUACUGGGGUCACCCACACACCUACCUUAAUUUCUGAAAGCCAGUCACAAUCUUCCCAAAGCUAUUCUUUUCUUACUGGGGUCACCCAUAUAUCUACUUUAACUACUGAAAGCCAGUUACAAUCCUCCCAAAGUUAUUCUUUCAUUACAGGGGUUACACAGAUAACUACUUUAAUUACUGGAAGCCUGUCGCAGUCCUCCCAAAGUUAUUCAAUCAUUACUGGAGUCACUCAUAUACCUACUGUAACUACUGAAAGCCAUUCAUCCCAAAAUUAUUCUUUCAUUACUGGGGUCACCCACUUACCUACUCUAACUGGAAGCCCACCACAGUCAUCCCAAAGUUAUUCUUUUAUUACAGGGGUCACCCAUAUAUCUGCUAUGACAACCAACCAGUUGCAAUCAUCAGAAAGUUCUUUUACUACUGGAGUUACACACAUCCCUACAACUCUAAUAGAUGAGAGCCAUUUGCAACCUUCACAAAAUUAUUCUUUCAUUACUGGUGUUACCAAUGUACAUAGUACUAUGACAGAUGCAAUACAACCAGUGCAAACAAUUCAGACGUCAACUGUUUUAGCUGGAGCUACCAAUAUAUUUGAGAUGGUUUCUUCAAUUAUCGUUAGCCCAGUUUUACCAGUUGUCACACAAACACUUGACAGCCCCUCGGUUACUUCUCCCCCUAGUUUGCCUACAUCAACAGAUAACUCUACACUUUCCUAUACAACUGUGCAAACUGCAGACGAUAAACCAGAAACAACUCAGAAUUCAGUAGGCUGCAGGCCCAAGAAGUGCUUAAUUCCUAACACUCGUUUCCCAAACCCUACAAACUGCACUAAAUAUUACAAGUGUGUACUGUUCCGAGGGCAGGUGGUUGCAAGAUCUUACAUAUGUCCCUCUGUCAUGCCAACCUUCAGCCCUACUCUUAUGAUGUGCCUCAGAGGAAUCAAGUGCCGUCCAAGCUGCCCUCAACAAGAAGUUUCCACUGUUUCAGAUGUGCCGCUAGCAACUACAACAGAGGCAGUAAAUACAAAAGAUCCUGCGGCCGGGAAGAUAUACUAGAGCGAGACAGAGCUUAGGUGGCUGGUAACCAUUGCAGCAAGCAAGAGGAUUUCAUCACUUGUUGAAGAAUGUAGGUUAGCCUCAAGCAAACAGUAGCACUAUUUCUCUGGAGUUACGAUACCUCAAAAUACUGUCUGUCAUAAAAGCAAUUCACUGUAUUCAAAUUCAGAGCAUCUGUCAUAGCCCUAACUAACAUAUAUUUAAAAAUUAGUAUUGGUUUUACGCUUCACUCCAUAUUGUAGAGGAGCAGUGUAUUCCAAAUGAAACAAUUGUAAUAGCUUUAAGUGGUCAAUUAACUAAUCAUAGUAAUUUAAGUCUUGUAGAAUAAUUUGCUUACAGCCAUAUGAUCACUCACAUGUUUAGCUACGCCUAUCUCUUCGUGAGUGUAUUAAUCUGGUACUGUAUACGAUUAAAUUGUCCUACAGUCAUCAUCAAUAAUAUGUAAAGGACAAGACUAUUAUUUUUACCCGAGUAUAAAGAGGGAAGAAUUUGAAUUUAUAAAUAAAACCUAUAGCAAACCUGAACACUGAAUGUUGUCAAAUUUACCUUAGAUUACAAUCCUGUACUUAUUAUUUUCGCCAAAAAUUAUCUAAGUAUGUAUAACUUUAAACUCAAUGAUAGUUAUUCUCAUUCUUUACUUCUUGGGCAUUAUGUACAAAUUGCAUGUUUCUUUAAGCAUUCUUUGAACAUUUAGUAUGAAAUGGUAAGGGCAGUUAUGUAACUAUAUUGAAUGAGAUUGGAUAUUGUUUACCUAAUGAUGUAAAUUAGCCUAUAAUAAAAUGAUAUUAGUAU